UGGGUUUUUGCAGUGCAUGGAGGCAGAGGAAUCAAGCGCCGGGGGACUUCCCCAAAAUGCUACAAGAAGCGAUGGAAACCGGGGGAGACGGAGAAGACCCAGAGAUCAGGACCCAGAUGUUCGACUGUCCAAAGCCCUGUCUUACGCUUUACGUCACGGUGCGAAUAAGUUGGGGUUACACAUGGGAAGUGAUGGUUUUGUGGAUGUCGCAGAGGUUCUUCGUUUGCCCCAGUUUAAGGCUUGGUCGCUGGAUGACGUGCAGCGUGUUGUGGAGAUGAACGAAAAGCAGCGCUUUGCAGUGCGCCCCCAUCCGUCCACUGGCCACCUCCAGAUCCGUGCCAAUCAGGGACACUCACUGCCGGUGUCGGAACUGGAACUGACCCCGCUCCUGGAUCCAUCCGAUUUUCCAGAGGUGGUGGCCCACGGCACGUACCUUCGCCACUGGACGGCAAUUCGCCGCAGCGGCCUGUCCCGGAUGGGGAGAACACACAUCCAUUUAGCACCGGGAUUGCCGGGGGACGGGACUGUCGUAAGUGGGAUCAGAAACAACUGUGAGAUGGCCAUCAUCAUAGAUGUUGCCAAAGCACUGGCAGAUGGAAUCGCCUUUUACCGCUCAGCAAAUGGAGUCCUCCUGACUCCCGGCGAUGCCAACGGUCGUCUCCUCCCGCAGUACUUUCGGGAAGCCCUGCAGCUUCGGCCCACGCGAUGCAUGCUGCCUCUCAAGUGACUGAACCAUCGGACCCUCUACAAGACAGGAAUUUAUUGGAGGGCAAGAGAUUUCAGUGGGUGGCGACUGCAUGAAUGCGGCUUUUGUUUAAGCUUCAGGAAAAGCUUCCUAAGGUAAGAGCUAUUCAGCAGUGAAACAGACCGCCUUGGACACACUGCUGGUAGGGAUGCUGUAAUCGUAUUUUGCAUUAUAAAGUAUUCAUUCCCCAGGUCUUUGCAUGUCUGCAUUGCCCAAUAGCUGAAGCUCAUGCUCUAGACUGUUUGCAAAACUUGAAGCCGUGAAAAUACUACUUCAGAAAACAGUAGUGUUUUUAGAAGCAAAGUUAAAAUCCACUUCAAGGCAAAGUAACACUUAAAAAUACUCAGAGGAACUAAACAUCUUGAGAGAGUAAAAAGAUCAUCUCCCCAUGGUAGGAAGGGCUACAGGUUGGUCACCAGGUAAGCCCUUCUGCCGGCACUGAAACGAUCCUGUCUUAAAUAGCGUCUUGCCUCCUUUUAGCAGGGAGUUAGAUUAGAUGACUGCCAGGGUACCACCCAGUCCUGCAGUUCUAACUCUGGUGUUCUCUCUGCCCACCCAUCACCUCUUUCCUGCCCCACUUACGUCUGAACAGCGUAGGUGUACUUCGCUCAUCCCAUCAGGGGAAGGCACCAACAGCUUGAUGCAGAAUUUCUGACCAGAUAUAUUGACAUCUGGUACCACUUCGCAGCCUGGAGUGAAGCAGGAAUAGGGUUAGCAACACAAGGUAUUGAAUGAUCUGAAGCUAACAAGAUCCAUUAGCCCCCGUUUGCAAGGGAGUGAACCUAGAAUUAUUUCUUUUUCUAUCCCUCCUUUCUCCCAUGGUGGAAACUCAAGGUGGCAACAUUGGCAUACAGCUCUUUUUUCCAGCAUGCUGCUGCCACCUCGCAGCAGCUGCCGCCUGAAGUGACUGCCUCACUCUGCUUAAUGGUAGAGCUGGCCCUGUUGGCCGUGACAGGCAUGAGUCCCUUCCCAGCCCAGCUUCCAGAGACCCUUUUAACUGGAAGUCCCAAGGACUAGACCUGGAGCUUGCAGCCUGCCUGGCUCCAGGAUUUCAGAAGUGGGGGGCCUUCCAGCACGCUGGAGAAGUGUGCCAUGCAGACCAUGGCAGUGUUCCCAUGCACUCUGGACAAAGGUAGCGGUAGCACUGCUAGGACAGCGGGCCCUCUGGUCUUAUGUGGGCCCUAGCAAGGGCCCUACCUAGCUGCCUUCUGGGGCUGGCUUCACAUGUCCUUCACCGCUUGGGCGGUGGGCCCACCAAUGGCAGAUUCUGCAGGUGGGGGUGACUGGACUCACCCUUGAGGUUGAGCUGCUGGAUGGGCUCUCCCAGUGCUUCCUCAGAGCUCUUGUAGUAGGAGAUGGAGGUUUCCUUGAAGACCACCCAGUACUGCUUGUAAGCCUUCAGGGUCAGCUUGCGGGGCCUGGGGUGAUUGGCAGAAGAAGUACACAACUAUCAAAACCAUACUCAGGAAGAAAGGGCAAGACAAGGUCACAUUUCUCCUCUCUCUGUCCAAUGCCAUCCUUAACAACCUGGGCAAAAUUCUCCACUUCACCAUCUGCAUUAUUCUUGGGGCUUUCCCAACUAAGGUCACCUCAGUUUAGACUUGAGAUGAACCAAGGAGAGAUUAAACUACCCCUGUAACAGAGAGCAUCCAGUUUAUUGAACACAGCGAUGGAAAGUGGAGGCAGAUAAUAAGAAAUCAAUAAACGGGCAAAACGAAGCUGACACAUGCCCCUCACUUGCAUGGCUUUCCAAUAUAACAGAUGUUGUUUUAGAAUCUUAGCUGUUUGGAUACUUGUGUGCUGCUUGUCCAAAAGCAAAACACAGACAAGUUCUGGAUUGUUUGGGGUUCCUCUUUCCCUUUGACAGUAAACCACAAGCUAACCCUUCCCUGCCUGGGAGACAAGGAGAGAGGCGGUGAAGCAGCUUCAGUGACGCAAACAGUUGUGUUUCUCCUAACAAAGCUGCCCUUAUCUACGGCAUAUCAUUGGGGAGGGAAGGUUCCAGGCACUUUUAUCUGGUGCUCUUCCUAACUGACAUAAGGUGAGGUUACACUUCAGGGCCAGAAAAUACUGACUUCUAGACACUGUGAAAAUUCACUGCAUUACUUUUUGAACCUCAGUAACUUCUUUGCCCUUCUGGUAUGGCCCAUCCCACACACCAUCUGCUCAAAAAGUAGGAAGCCAGAAGCAGGAGUCAGAAAACUUAAAGCCCAGCCCUUUAAGGAAUCCCUCUGCUUGUGCAUCAAGAUUUUUGGAAGAGGCCCUUUUCUGAAUGCCUUCAGUGAACGAAAUCCAUUACAGAAUACUUUUGCAAAGGAAAGGGUCUUCUAUUUGGCAAUACCCUGACUUGGGGAUGUCUUUACCUAAGGGAGAUCCAGCACUGGAUCAAGGCAUUCCUUUUUACAGGCAUUUUAAACAUUAAUCAUUUAACAAAAAAUGUGUUGGUUUGUUUCUAUUGCUGGUUGAAAGUUCCCAGUUGCAAUUUUUCAUUGUUAUAUUGAGAUUGUCUUUUUUCUGUUACGUGCCCUGCCCUUUGCACUCAUGGUAAAGGAAGCGAGUUUAUCAAAAUCCCUCUAGCUAGCUUCAUUUGGCUGCAGUGUUUAAUCAACUGCCUAAGCCAGCCUUUCCCAAAGUGUUGCUCUCCAGACACAUUGGAUUACAGCUUCCAUAAUCCCCAGCCAGGAUGAAAGGUAUAGUACAUUGCUCCUGGAGGAUAUCAGUUUGGGGAAAGACUGGUUCAGAUAAAUGCAUUGCUUUUACUGAUGUGCAGCAGAAUUGGAGUGAGACCUUGGAAUUGCAUGCAAGCACUCCUGUCCAUCUUAAAAUGCCAUACCAAGAUGAUCUCAUGAAAUGUAAGGUUUGGGAUCUUGCCUGAAUAUGCGGAGGUAAUCCUUCAGCUCUGGGAUAGCUGUGAGACUCUCCUGUACGGAAACAAUUCAAAUGCUUAGUUUGUUAAUAUAUUUAUAGACCACCUUUCAGAUUUAACCCUUCCCAUUGCUCCUUACUAUUUAAAAAAGAAAGAUUAAAAAAGCUGUAGUUGAAAUGAUUUCAGUCUAAAGUAAAGCUCAGUUUAAAAACCAAUGGGAGGCGGGGGGAAAUCUGUAUCAAGAAAAAUGGCCCUCAAGGCAGCUCUCAAUAAUAAAUAAAAGCUUGAUUAAAACAAUUGCAUUAAAGCAGAAUUAAAACACAACUUUACCAGAAUAAAAACAGCAUCCAACCCAACAGACACUAUGCCAAAGGGCUGCUUCAGUAAAAAAAAUCUUUGCUUGCUGGUGGACAGAGAGGGAACGAACCCAGCCACUCUCAGUGUGGAAUUCCACAGCUUGGGAGCAACCACCAAAAAGGCUCUGCGCUGUGUACCUACUAAACAUGCCUCUGAAUGGGGUAGUUUCACAAAGAGGGUCUCUGCCAAGGAACCUGUGGGAGAAGGGCAUUUUUCAAGUAGCUCAGUCCUAAAUGAGGCUUUCCGCAACCAGCUGCUGUCCAGAUGUACUGGGCUGCAACUCCCAUCACCCCCAGCCAGCACAAUGGGAGUUGCAGUCCACCACAUUAAGCGAGCACUAGGUCAGCAAUGGGUACAUUACCAGAUGGAGCCACAAUGAAGCAUGUACCUUUUUCAUUCUGCUUUGAAACAAGAGGAGAGACUGUGCUUACCAAACCUAUAGCAGGAGACAGCAGCAAAAGUGAGCGAAAUCUGGGCACUUACCAGAACGCUGGGAGUUGCUGAGGACGAACCUUCCAGCUUGACUUCCAGGGACUCGAGGGCCUUGUCCAAGUCAUCAAGUCCGGAGUCUCCAGACUGCUCUGCAGGGCUGGUGUUCAAGGACAGCUGGUUGAUGCGAUACUGGUACAGGGGCAUACAAAGAAGGCCUGGUUAGCUUUGUGCAAUGAAAGUAUGAGGCCCAGAUUUCAGACAAAGCUCUGAAUGCUUACAGUUCACCGUAAAAACCAAAAACAGGCCAAUUUUUCACAACCCAGAUGUGUUAAAACCAUAUUUUCCAUCCUCUCCAGCCAUCACACUUUGCUGUCUUAAUUUACGAUAUGGUGCAUAUUCCCAGUGAAGCAUCUGUUUGUUUGCCCAGCCAUUUGAUUAAAUUUCUCUCUUUUCUUUUGA